UAACCUACUAAUUUGGAGAGAGAGAGAGAGAGAGAGAGAGAGAGGGGGGGAUGGAAUUGUAUAGUGAACAGUAUGGUUUCUUGGAGGAGUUACUAGGUCUAAGUGGUGAGCCUGAUGCAGUUGGAUUGAAUCAAGAAUUAUGCACCAGUAGGAGUAAUGAAUGGAUGGAUUUUAAUACUUUUACAAAUCCAGCAACCACUACUUAUACUUCCUUUCAGGAUUACUCUCUACCUGUUGAUCAGAGCAGGAGUUUCUCAGUUUUCAAUGAAAUCUACAGCCCAUUUCAAGAUGAUUUAUCACCUCCGCUUGAAUUUCCUCCUCAACAACAAGAUUACAGUAUUAACUAUUCUCUAUUUGAGAAAGAUGAUAUUCUUUCUCGGAAUUUGGAUAUAUGUAAAGUCGAACCAUUUCAAGUAGCUGAUCAGGUGCCCACUACUUUCAACAUGGGCACUGUGUUCUGCCCGGAAACAAAGAUUAACAAGCAGGUGAAGAAGCUUAAUGGUCAGCCUUCCAAGAAUCUAAUGGCUGAAAGAAGGCGAAGGAAGCGCCUUAACGAUCGCCUUUCACUGCUCAGAUCAGUUGUUCCCAAGAUAAGCAAGAUGGAUAGAACUUCUAUACUUGGUGAUACUAUAGACUAUAUGAAAGAGCUAUUGGAGAGAAUCGAUAACUUGCAAGAAGAAAUUGGUGUGGGAUCAAAUCAGCUAACCAUCUUGAAGGAUGCAAAGCCCAAUGAAAUAUUAGUGAGAAAUUCACCCAAGUUUGGUGUGGAAAGGAGGAACGAUGCUGAUACAAGAAUAGAGAUAUUCUGUGCAGGGAAGCCUGGCUUGUUGCUAUCAACACUGAGCACUCUAGAGGCACUAGGCCUCCACAUUCAACACUGUGUCAUUAGCUGCUUUAAUGAAUUUGCAAUGCAAGCUUCUUGUCAGGAAAAAGAGCAGAGAGCAAUUAUAAGUUCGGAAGACGUAAAGCAGGCACUAUUUAGAAAUGCAGGAUAUGGUGGAAGAUGUCUUUAAUUACUACUAAUUUGUGGUGUAUUCUGAAUCUGUGCAUUAUAUAGGAUUUUCUUUUCCAAAAUCAGUGGUUUCUAUAAAGGAGGCAAAUAAUUCCUCCCUUUUUUCCCUUACGCCAUAUCAAGAGCCAGAACCUAGUUUGUUAUGUCUGUGUAGACUGCUGCUUUUACUUUUGAUGCAAUAUUUAUUUUUAUGUUUUCUUA